GCCAGCCGAGCGACGAGGAUAUUGUUCAUUUCAUGUUUUGCAUCGUACGUUUUAUUCUGCGCAUUAUUCGCGCCCGCCGGACACCCGCCACGUGGGUAUGAUCUCACGACGCGUCGCCGGAAGGCGGGACUGCUGGCCGAUCCCGUCCAGCCUGCGUUCCACUCUCAUCUCAGCCUCACCCAGACCGAGCUCGCUCUCGUCGGCCUCGAUGCAGUCCCUGCGCCUCCUGUGCAAGACCGCCGCAGCGUCAGGCACGAGCCGAAGAUGGCUGCAGACGUCUGCGGUGCGUCUCGCCGUGUCGAACUUCCAGAUGCCUGCCAUGUCCCCCACAAUGACCGAGGGAAACAUUGCGUCAUGGAAGAAGAAGGAGGGAGAGGCGUUCUCAGCAGGAGACGUACUGCUUGAGAUCGAGACGGACAAGGCAACAAUAGACGUUGAGGCGCAGGAUGAGGGCAUCAUGGGGAAGAUUCUGGCACCAGACGGCACGAAAGGCAUCCCCAUUGGGAAGACCAUCGCUCUUCUGGCGGAGGAGGGUGACGACAUCUCCAACCUCGAGCCGCCAAAGGAGGAUACACCACCUCCGCCUAAGCAGGAAGCCUCUUCCUCCACCCCUUCCCCUCCGCAGUCGGUUCCCGACAAACAAGAUGCCCAACCUUCCUCCCCUCCUCCCGUUCGCCCUUCUAUGCACCCCGAGAGCUCGCGCCCGCUCUUCCCCUCCGUCCUGCGCCUACUCCAAGAAAACGGUAUCGAGAACGCAGACAAGAUCAAGGGGACCGGCGUGCGAGGUAUGCUGACUAAGGGCGACGUUCUGACACACCUGGGCAAGGCGAGCGGACCUAUGGGCACAUACAAGGAGACACCUUCGGACGUCGUGACAAAGUCUGGCGGUGACCAGACGAAGCCACCAAAAAAGGAGGAACCUCGGCUGCUGGAUGGAGCCGCCGUGCGUCAGUUGAUUGUGAGGAACAUGUUGGAGGCAUCCGUCAAGGCCCGCACACCGCCAGCAGCACCGCCGGCAGACUUCGACUCCGUUAUUGCCGACUACCUGCCUCCCGCGAAGGCUCCCAGUCCUCGGGCAGAGGCGAGUCUCGCAAAACCUUCAAAACCAGCUGCAGGCUAUCUGGAGGGAUUGAUUUAGGUUACACAUACUUACAUCCUUGCUGCUGUGAGUAAUGCUACAUAGACGUCUUAUGCUCGCCUAUCUCCGGUGGAAU